UCUCGAUUGUUGCUGUAUAUCGGUUUUAUUGUUGAAAGUGCUCACUUCUCUACGCAGAAAAUUAAUAUUUAUAAUUUCGCUACCUGCUAGAAGUAAGUGAUAGUGGAAGUUAAAAGAUAUACCAUAUCAGUUACUUUCUGUAUCAAAGGCGAGUCGUGUGACUUAAAGAAAAGUUUUGAACUGAGAAAAUUCUCACAGAUACAUAAGAAAUAAAUUGAUUCUGGUGUAAAAAAAAAAACAAAACAAAAAAGUGGGUGCAGUCAAUUAUUGUUGAAUUCAGUUUGAUAUUAAGUGAAGAUGAAGAAAGUGGCUCGCCUGCGUAUUGCACAGCAAGAUGAUGCCUCCAACACAGGAAGUCAGGAACAUGUGGGCGUGCGCACUACAGGACGCAUAAAAAAACCUAAAGCCGUAUUUGAUCCAUCUGAUAACUACUUGCCCCGUUCACAACGUGCUAAUAUUGCAGCAUCUCACUCAAGUGGUGCAGGGUCGCCCGCCGCUGGCACAUCUAUUCUAAUAGAUCGUAAACGUGAUACACCAACUUCAAAUUUAUUACAAGGCCAAGAUGCUCAGCAAAACAAACGCCUAUCACAAUCGUCUACUACUUCGGGUACUACAACUGGUGGAUCCACACCUGAAAACGCGACUGCAGAUGUGUGUGAUGUGUGCCAAAAACGUGAGGCUAAACGAGGCACACACGCCAGGAAUAAACUGAUCACUUGCUUGGAGUGUGAACGACGCGUACACAAACUAUGUUUACCGAUAGAUUUCGAGGAUAUUGAUGUUUUGCGUCAGCACUACAAAUGUGAAAAUUGCCGCACGUGUGAUGUAUGUGAUGCGUUUGCCGAUUGUGAACCCAAAAUUAAUCAACCGAUGGUUACAUGUUCGAAAUGCGUAAAAUCAUACCAUCUUACCUGCCACAUUCCCAAUGUGUACAAAUUUCAACAGAUUUUUCGAUGGAAAUGCAAUAAAUGCCAGCCAAGUGUUAAUAGUGGGGGCUCUGUAUUGCCGGUAAAAACUAUAAGAGAAAUCAUAGGUGAUGAACCGGAGCGAGCAAUCCGCAACCAAAACUCUCAACUGCAGCAACAACAGCAACAAAAUGUGAACAUUGCCGCAGCUGCAGCAGAGGCAAAAAGUACAGCUACAAAACUUUCGCUACAGAAUGUCCAAAAAAGCAACGAAAACGGACAAAAGCCAGGGAAUGGAGAAGCAGAAACUGAUGCUAAUUACUUGGAAAGCGGUGGUAGUAGUGCAACGAGCAGCAUUAGUACAGGUAGUAGCAACAUUACUAGUGGUAGUGGUGAUGGAAAAGUUGCUGACGCCACAGCACCAAAACGACCAAAAUCUAAUCAGGAUGAAACUGCUACUACUACACCAUUCAUACGCUACAGCCCGUACGAACCGAUCGAUGUACCCGAUGUAAAGGAUUGGAAUAUUGAUCAAGUCGCUUCUUAUUUUGCCAAGUACUUCCCAAAUGAGGCGCACGUUUUUAAGGAACAUGAGAUCGAUGGAACUUCAUUGUUGUUGCUGAAGCGCAGCGAUGUCAUUAAAAAACUGCCAAUCAAACUAGGGCCAUCAUUACGCAUAUACAGUUUAAUAUUAAAAAUACAGACACAAUUAAAUGAUCCAACACUCGGCUGGAAUUGUGGUCUAUAAGCCAAGCCAAUGAAGUUUUCGUUUUAAUCAAUUUAAACAAUUUUUUUACUUUACCACAUUAACGCAUUAUCAUAAACUAUAUAUGUUAUUGUUCUUUUUAAGCAUUAUAUGAAUUCAGUUUUGUAUCAAAAAAUAUUUUUUUUUGUAAUUAUUUGUUUCAAUUAAUUUAAAUAUGAGUUAAACAUUUCCAUUUUUUACGACUGCUGAGUUGUAUUCACAAGCGCAUAUUGUAGAAAUAUAUCUACACACUUGUCUGGUAAUAUCCCAUCAUUUACUGAUAACGGACAGUAUAAGUUGGGGAUGGACCUGUAAUAAUUUUCAAAGAAAAAUUAAUGUGAAUAAAAAUAUUACUGUUAAAAAC